CCGUGUCCUCCUCGCCAAGCGCCGUACCGACAGUGCCUCUAGCAGCGGGCACAUGGACCAACUGCACCCACUACGCCACAUACAUGGACAACCCAUCGCUUCUCGAGAUGUUUAACGAGACCAUGCUCGAUUCCUGCAUGCUCAAAGAAGGGUUCCGGUACUGCGUUGGCGGCGGCGGCUGCGGGAGUAUCCCCUCAGGAUCAAGCACAACGUUGCCGCCAAGUUCGUCAUCAGCGGUACCCUCUUCCAGCGUUUCCAGCAUUUCAUCGUCGUCGACAAGUCUUGCGCCUGUUCCCACACCCAACAGUAACUGCGUCCUCGGUACUGGCCCAGGUGGCUACCAGGGUCUCUGUGAUUUCAGCUGUCACUUUGGUUGGUGUCCAUCGCCGUGCACUUGCACAACGACCGGAACACCCGCUCCGCCUUCAGCCCUCUUGACAUUGGGUCAACAUGGUUACGCCGCACCAGGCGAAGCAGCAGACUUUGGUCCCCUCUGUGACUUUGCCUGCUCCCGAGUCGGGAACUAUUAUCCAGGUCCGCCGUGCACCACCAUCCCCCCUGUUACUGUUUACGUCGAGGGAACAGGUACCGGCAACUACGAGGGUUUAUGUUCAUAUACAUGCGGCUUCGGUUAUUGUCCUCCUGGCCCUUACACCUGCCUUGCGUACGGCACGCAGGUUCUGCCGCCUCCCGCCACACAUCCGGCGGGUGUCCCGGCGACGGGAUUGGAUGAGAGUUAUUCGGGGCUGUGCAGCUUUACGUAUGCGCGGAAUUACUGUCCCCCUGGAAUCUUAUAU